AUGAAGCUGCCACUGCUGCUGUUGCUAAUCCAGUCUAGUGCCCUUGUGGCCAGAGCCACUCCUGCCAGGCACUGGCGUCGUGCACCCACCCAUGGAGUUUUCAAUGUGGAUGUCUAUGCCUACAAUAAGCCGCGGAUGAACCUGGUCCGUCGCCAAGCCAUCGAAAGUCGAUCCACACAGGAUGCUCCUCCACUGGAUCACAUGCUGCAGCAGAUCUCCCACCACAGCCGACGAUCCACGGAGCAGAGGUCCCACUACAGGAACCUUGACGAGGACAUGGAGGUCCUGCCAAUGCCAAUUGCUGUGCAGCAACAACCAAGCGAGCUGAACAAAACAAUUGAGAGUCCGGCCAUAAACAUGCAAAUGAACAUGGCUAAGCACGCACGGGAGAAUUUAUACUCGAACGAGUUCCAUGUGCAAAGUGUAGGUACCAAGAAGAUAGUGCAAUUGAAUACCCUGACCAUCGACCAUGAGCGUAAACCAGUCGACGAAGAAGUUAUGACCCAGAAGCAGCAGGAACAGGAGCAGCAGGUUCAGCAGGAGCCGCUGAAGGUGAAGCUGACACUGCCAGAGCUUGCCGAGAACAAUGCAGAAGCAGCUGAAGUCCUUCCUGCAAGGAAUAAAGUUGAAGAAGUAAACGCCGCGGGGACAGCUCCUGCGGGGGAACCGUUGACAAGUGUGAAGAAACCCAUGGCCCCGAGCGAGACAAUUAUCGAUAAGCCAUCGACAGGAAUGCAGCAGGUUGUCAGCCCGACGACAGCGGAGAAUGCCGAUGACACCGGCACAAUGGCUCAGUCCGGCAAAAGAAAGAAGGACGAACCGAAAGGCAGACCGCCUCGUCCGAAGAGCAAGCGGAAGCCAAAGCCAACAGGAGGAGCACCAGCGUCUAAUGAAACUGAAAUAAAGAUGACAGCGAACCGAGUUGUCACUGCUGCAGUUCCUGGUGCUCUUCGUCCUGAAACUCCUGAAACUAACCCCAUCAGGGGACCAGCCACUGGCCCUUUAAAUGCGAAGCAGCCGGCAAAGGAAUUGGCAACACAAUCACUAUCGCCGGAAAUCAGCACGCAUCGUCCUUUGACAACGAGGAGUGGUGGCAAAGGCAAAGGCAAGGGUAAGGGCAAGGAUAAACGUCGCCAGGGCUCCCAGAGACGUCCUGCAAUCGCUGGCGUAAUGGAGGAGGAAAUUGAAACUACGACAAAUUGGUGGCAGAUCCUUCCAUAUGCGGAAAUUAGAAAAUUUUUGAAUACAAUUUACGAUACCAUCGCCGAUGAUGGCGACGACGAACGUGCCACGGUUGAUGUGUGA